AUGAUCUCGCUUGUGGUUGCUGCGUUCCUCCUGGCUGGUGCCUAUGGAUGUGGUGUCCAAAGGAUUCCACCUCUGAAUCCCAAGGUUGUGGGCGGCGUAGAAGCUGUACCUCACAGUUGGCCUUGGCAGGUCUCUCUCCAAAAUCAAGAAUAUGGCUACUGGGAGCACGCUUGUGGAGGAUCCCUUAUUGCUGACAACUGGAUACUGACUGCUGCCCACUGCUUCACAGACUGCCCGAGGUGCCGGGUAGUGCUCGGCGCACACAAUAUCAAGGAUCCAGAAGCGGGAUCUGUUGUAAUUAGAAUUGACCGAAGGAAAUUCUUUGUCCACAAAAAAUGGAAUUCAAUACUUUUCGCUGGGAACGACAUUGCACUCAUCAAGUUGACCAGCCCGGUGACCCUAAGUAAGCAGAUUGAUCUGAUCUGUCUUCCGAAAGCUGGCACUCUACUUCCCCUUAGAUAUCCCUGCUACAUCACAGGAUGGGGUAGAUUCUACACAAACGGUCCCUUUGCUGAUAAACUCCAGCAAGUUCGUGUGCCGACCUUUAACUAUGCACAAUGCUCCAGCCCAGGUGGGUGGAGACCUUUGAAAAGUAUAAUGAUGUGUGCUGGAGGAGAUGGUAUUGUUUCUGCGUGCCACGGUGAUUCAGGUGGACCCUUGAACUGCCAGGUUGCUGCUGAAAGAUGGGAAGUGCAUGGCAUCACCAGCUUUGUUUCCACAUUCGGUUGCAACAUCUGGAAAAAGCCAACCAUCUUCACCCGUGUAUCCGCCUUCAAUGACUGGAUUUCAGAGAUUAUGGUAAACAACUGAAGUCCAAGGGGAUGAAAUAUAUUAUUCAAACAGACUGCCAUAAGUCAAUAAAAACAUUUG